AUGUUUCUGAAAGGGCGUCCUACAAGGAGCAUAUUCUCGUUCGGCAAGUUCUCCCAGCUCCAGAUCCCCGAGAAGAAGACAAUUGAGUCGUCCAGCACUGGACUCGACACCAUUGCUUCCUUCGACGCUCUCCGGAUCUUUCCCACCGUGCGAGCCGCCAUGGUGGAGGAAAUCAAGUCAGUUUACAACUUGAAAAGUACCUACAUUAAGGACAAGCAGGAGCUCGACAUCAAGCCUUCGCCAGUGCAAGUUGCGGCUAUCAGGAAGAUCAACCAGCCCAGACUCCGCAAGGCCAAGAGUGCCAGUGUCGAGAAAGAAGGUGGCCAGGCCAUCGUGGACGAGUUGGUCAAGAGCAACGAGCGCAACAAGCUCAAGGUGUUUACGGUUGCAGCCGAGACUGGCUCGGGGAAAACAUGGGCGUAUCUCGCGUCGGUGUUGAGUAAGCUCAAGGAAGACGAUCUAGAGCAUUUCACAAGAUCCGAACUGCACUACGAAAAGGCCAAGGAAGUGCCCACCGUGAGGUCGAUCAUCUUGUUGCCUACGCAUGAGUUGGUGGAACAGGUCUAUGACACGUUGAACAGAGCCAACAAAAUCAGGUACGACGUGGACGAAUUGAAGGUGCACUCUAACUACGCCCAGUUCUUGAGCUUGCCCGACCAAAAGGACAGCUUGAACUUGCGGAUCAUGAAGUGGGGGUCAGGAGACCCUCACAACAGGUUGUUCAACGCUGUAAACAACAAGGGAAGAAUCGACGUCUUGGUCACCACGCCAAGUAAGAUCGCUGGUCUCGCCAAAUUGACUAACUUCAAUCGUCCUUUUAGAUUUUUCAACUUCACGGAGUAUUGUGUGAUUGAUGAGGCUGACACGUUGAUGGACCAAUCGUGGAUGAAAGACACCAUGAAUAUUGUCAGGAGACUCAAUAAGUGCAAGGAUUUGAUUCUUUGUUCUGCGACGAUCCCCAAAGAGUUCAAAAAGACGUUGAGCACGAUCUUCCCCGACCACCAGUCCAUCAUCAGCAUUGCCACACCAUCAUUGCACAAGAUUCCAAAACAAAUCCAUGUCAAGAUCAUCGAUGCCCAGGUCUCCCCAUACAAUGGCUCCAAGACCAGAUGUUUGGCGCAAGCUUUGUACGCAAUUCAUAACGAUGGUACCGAGCCUGGACUCGUCAAGCGUAUUAUUAUUUUUGUCAACGAAAAGAAGGAUGUUGAUCCUUUGGUCGAAUCGUUGGUUUCCAAGUACGGACAUCGCCAAGAGGACGUUAUCGGAAUAACCGGUUCCGACAGUGCCCUGGAUCGCUCCGACAAGCUUGAACCAUUUUUGAAGCCUGCUGCAUUGAUCGAAGAUGACAUGGACCGUAGCAAGAUUAAGAUCUUGGUUACCACGGACUUAAUGGCACGGGGUUUGAAUUUUGUGGGGAUCAAGAAUGUUAUUUUGAUGGAUCUUCCACGUAACUCGGUGGACUUAGUACAUCGAAUUGGCAGAACCGGCCGGAUGAGACAAUCCGGAAGAGUUUUUGUCAUUGUGGACAAGAAGACCCGAAAAUCGUGGAUCAAAGGAUUGCCCAACGCAAUCAAAAGAGGUGUGACCUUGGGUUAA